AUGGCUAUUCGGUUGUGCCUCAUUCUGUUGGCCACCUUAACAGUAGCUCAGAAGCAGCAGGAAAUGGACAGUGAAGUAACGGAAGAUCUUGGUCUGCCAAAUCCCUUCCAUCACAGCCGUGUGGGUUCGCAUUCCGCUUUGAUUAGGUGGGAGGUGGAAAACGAUUCCCCUAUGAUCGAUUCGGAAAUAACAAUAACGGUAAAGUUGGAAACUCGCAUCGUACUAGAAGAGCCGGUGUUGGCGCAUGAACGCGAUGGAGAAGUCAACAUUGAUGGGCUGACACCCAACACACCAUACGAGGUUACCGUUAGGGCGACGAGAAACGGAGGCUUAUUGGUGGAUUUCACCUAUCCCCUCCACACAUUGUAUGCGGGUAUGUUAUGA